UCUGGGGGCUCGGGCCUGCCGCACUUGCUCCGUGUCAGGGCUCCGGGGCUCUGGCCACCUCACAAUGGCCUGCCCCCCGCCCCCCUGCAGCUGCAGGCAGGCCCAGAGCCGGCAGAGCCAGGCGAAAGCAUGGUGGGCACUGCCGACAAGCAUUCGGCCCCCCCCAGGCGGGACAAGGAGAGCCACAGCACUGCCCAGACGCCCCUCCUGGAGCAGCGGGCUGAUGGCUCACCCCGAGCAACUCGACCCCAGGAUGCCCCUCCUGGGCCUCCUCUGCCAGGCCCCUGGAUUCCAGGUGCCCCAGCACCUCCCCCGACAUUCUCCGGCCCCCAAGUCAUUCACACAGAGCUGCCCCCCAGCUUCCCCAGGCUGGGGUCUGCCACACCCUUCCAGUCCACCUGUCCCUACUGCGGGAACUACAUCAUCACCGCUACCAGGCCGGUCCCUGGGAUCAUCACCUGGCUGAUGUGCACCGGCCUUUUAGUGUUGGGGUGCGCGCUGGGCUGCUGCCUCCUGCCCUUCUGCGUGGACAGCCUGAUGGAUGUGCAGCACGAGUGUCCCGUGUGCCGCCACAAGCUCUACCGCUACCGGCGCUGGUGAACGUCCCCAGAAAUAAAUGUGACUUUGUGAGCCGUC